AAGAAGGAAACAGAAGUGAUUUGGGGAUCUCUUCUUUAUGCAUUUUAAAGAGUUUUAUUAUGAAGAUCCAAAUCGCGCACAUCCGGUCUUGUUCUCGCGGUCAGUCCGCCCCGGUUUGACUGUGAGCCCCCCUCGUGUGAGUGCCCCAGAUGCCCGUAGGCUGGCAACCACUGGAAACCCAAAGCAGAAGAGAACAAGUGACUGUAACCACCGACAGUUUCAGCAUGAGAUGAAAACGGCGUCUCCGGAUAAUUAAAGGAGCUUUACUAUAUGAGAAUGCAAAGGGGCAGAGGAAGGAUGGAAAGGAAAAGGACGGAAGAACAGAAUCCGUGUGAGAAGAGAUUGAGGGUGUGUGUGGCGACAUGCAACAGAGCAGACUACUCCAAGCUGGCCCCUAUCAUGUUUGGGCUCAAAGCCCACCCAGACGAGUUUGAACUGGAAGUUGUGGUGCUUGGCUCCCAUCUCAUUGAUGACUACGGGAAUACUUUUCGUAUGAUCGAGCAGGAUGACUUUGACAUUGGCUCCAAGCUCCACACCAUUGUGAGAGGGGAGGAUGAAGCAGCUAUGGUGGAGAGCGUUGGGCUGGCACUUGUGAAGCUUCCUGAUGUCCUACAGAGGCUGCGCCCUGACAUCCUGGUCGUCCACGGUGACCGUUUUGACGCGCUGGCUCUUGCAACCGCUGCAGCACUGAUGAACAUUAGAAUACUUCACCUGGAGGGAGGAGAGGUGAGCGGUACAAUCGAUGAUUCAAUCCGCCACGCCAUCAGUAAACUGGCCCAUUACCACGCCUGCUGCACGCGCAUGGCUGAGCAGCACCUCAUUGCCAUGUGUGAGGACCACUCUCGCAUUCUUCUGGCUGGCUGCCCUUCUUAUGAUAAGUUGCUGUCAAGUCACCACAGAGAGGACUACAUGGAUAUUAUCAAGAGCUGGCUGGGUGACAAUGUUGGGGAGCAUGACUACAUAGUGGCUCUGCAACACCCAGUUACCACUGACAUCCAGCAAUCCAUUAAGAUCUAUGGGCUGAUGCUAGAUGCUCUGAUCUCCUUCAACAAAAGGACCCUUAUCCUCUUCCCUAACAUCGAUGCCGGAAGUAAGGAGAUGGUGCGGGUGAUGCGAAAGAAGGGCAUCGAGCAGCACGCCAACUUCCGGGCAGUGAAGCACAUUCCCUUUGAGCAGUUCAUCCAGCUGGUGUGCCAUGCUGGCUGCAUGAUCGGAAACAGCAGUUGUGGGGUCCGAGAGGCUGGGGCCUUCGGCACCCCUGUCAUCAACCUGGGAACAAGGCAAACUGGCAGAGAAACGGGUGAAAAUGUUCUUCAUGUCAGGGAUGCCGACACUCACAAUAAGAUCUACCAUGCUCUGGAGCUGCAGUUCGGAAAGAGAUACCCCUGCUCUAAGAUCUAUGGUGAUGGCAGUGCAGUCCCCAGAAUUCUCAAGUUUUUACGUACCAUCGACCUGGAUGAGCCCCUCCAGAAGACUUUCUGUUUCCCUCCGGUGAAAGAUUCCAUUUCCCAGGACAUUGAUCACAUUCUGGAGACACAGAGCGCUCUGGCAGUUGACCUGGGAGGGACCAACCUCAGAGUGGCCAUCAUCUGCAUGAGGGGUAACAUUGUGAAGAAGUAUACUCAGUCCAAUCCUAAGACCUUUGAGGACAGGAUGCAGCUGUUACUGAAGAUGUGUGCAGAUGCCACACGGGACGCAGUGUGCCUCAACUGUAGAAUACUCGGUGUUGGAGUGUCCACGGGCGGGCGAGUAAACCCACAGGAGGGCGUGGUCCUGCACUCCACAAAGCUGAUCCAGGAGUGGUCUUCGGUGGACCUGAGGACACCCAUCUCCGACGCCCUGCACCUACCUGUCUGGGUCGACAAUGACGGAAACUGUGCAGCGUUGGCUGAGAAGAAGUUCGGCCACGGCAAAGGAGUGGAAAACUUUGUCACUGUCAUCACUGGAACAGGUAUUGGAGGAGGCAUCAUCCAUCAAAAUGAGCUGGUCCACGGCAGUACCUUCUGCGCUGCAGAGCUGGGUCACAUCAUGGUUUCUUUAGACGGCCCUGAGUGUUCGUGUGGCAGCAGUGGAUGCAUCGAGUCCUUCGCGUCUGGCAUGGCCCUGCAGAGAGAGGCCAAAAGACUGCAUGAUGAGGACCUGCUGAAGGUGGAGGGGAUGGAUAUGAAGCUCUCUGAGUCAAUCACCGCUGCCCACCUCAUCAACGCAGCCAGACUGGGGAACUCCAAAGCCGACGCCGUUCUGAACAAGGCCUCCACCGCACUUGGCGUUGGCAUCAUUAACAUCCUUCACAUAGUGAACCCCUCGCUGGUGAUUCUAUCUGGAGUUUUGGCCUCUUACUACCAGGUCCCAGUGCAGCGCAUCAUCUCUGAGAGAGCCCUCAUCUCUGCACAGAGCAUUAAGGUCGUCACAUCGGACUUGGAGGAACCAGCUUUACUCGGAGCAGCAAGCAUGGUGUUGGAUUAUGCAACCAGAAGGAUAUAUUGAAGGAUAUCAUCCUGAUUCAAUAAGAACUGCUUCCAACAGACUGUUAACAGAAAGUAGUAGCUCUUCUGCCUAGAUAAGCAUGUAUAUACGCAUAUCUAGCGGAUAUGUUUUGAGGGCUAAAGUGAAAGACAAUGAAAAACAUUUUUUUUAAUUUAGAUACACAUUCUAAAGCCUGUGAGAAUAUUGCCUUCACCAGCUCAGAUGUUGGAUGAGUCCAGCCUUGAUACUUCAUGUGUAAAGUGGGUCCAAUGCAUGGGCCAGAAAUCCCACCACUCUUUUUUUAUCUGCAUAGUCAAGCAUCUUUUGAGUAAACAGCAAAGCCAUCAUUAUGCUAAAAUUACCCACUCAGGGUAGGACUGCACUCCACCCACAGGUGUGAUGGGGAUGGGUGGGAGGAGUGACAGAAUAGAAAGCUUGUUUCAAAUGUGACCAAAAUAUUAUGGGAACAUCCUCCUGUAGCUUCCUCUCAAUUCUCCCUAGUUGCCAUCUCACAUUUCAUUCAAAGUUAUCACUCUUUAUGUUGAUCUGUUUAUGAGACAUGAGUAACAACCAUGAUGUUACAUUUCCAUGUUUUGUUAUAAUUUAAAUUAUUUAAGAAGAAAAUGUAAGUGCUUUAAGAUGAUGUUUGAGUCGUUGAUUGUCUUCAAAGCUUCAAGGGUAAUGAAUAGUCAAUGAAGUAACCGUUAAAAUGUUAUACUGACAUACUGUAUAUAUUAAUGAAAUGUUAAAGCAGCAGCUACUUUAGUCUAAUAGCUGCUAUGGUAUGAUGAGGGCCAGCAAUCUUUUGCCUGAAUCAUUUUUUUUGUUUUAUUUUUUUAAAACAUGUCAUUAACACAGACCUUAUGAAGAUUUGAACUGAUUUUUAAGUUUUCUUCAUGCCUUCUGAAGACAUAUCAAAAUAUUUACAUGGUUUGUAUGUACUGUUACAUACGGUAAUGUACAUGACGUGCUUCUUGGACUUUUAGGAUUCAUUUCUUUGUAAUUCUUUUGUUUUAUUUCCAAAUAAAUCCCCUCUUGUUUUAGAAAUACA